AUGUCACACAUGGACAUUGACCUGAGCAGGCGGAACAAAAAGCCACGUCUCCUGCUAGAAUCAGAGCGGGAGAAGCUCGAAGAAUUUAUCGACUCUAUUCACUAUUCCGCUCGAUACUCCGACGACGAAUACGAAUAUCGACACGUACAGUUACCCAAAAACAUGCUGAAAAAGAUCCCUGCCGACUACUUUGACAGCUCAAAAGGCACAUUGAAACUUCUCUGGGAGGAGGAAUGGCGAGGUCUUGGUAUCACUCAAAGUCUAGGAUGGGAGCACUAUGAAGUUCAUGAACCGGAGCCACAUAUCCUCCUUUUCAAGUACGAAAUUCAUAUGUGCCGAUUGCAAGACUGUUCUAACCAUUUGCGCAGGCGCCCGAUUAAUUACCAACCUCCUACAUCGCAGUAG